AUACUAAACUGCAAAAAUGCCAAAACAAGAUUUCACUCUGCAAGGAGUUUUUGGUCUUGGAAGAGAUGGCCCUUACCUCAGAGCAGAAGAGGCUAUUGGCAUUGGUCUUCUUGUUCUAAUCCUUGCAAUUCUGCUGAUAAUCGGAUGCUGGUACUACAAAAGACGUAAUGGAUAUAUGAUGCUUCAGAACCAACUCAUGUCGGACAAUGCCAUCAGAUCGUUGGUGGUACCCAGCAACCACAAUCAAGAAGCAACCACUCUGGAACCCAAAGCCCUUCUGAAUGAGUACACUGAUCUGAAUCUGACUCCAGAUGCCCCUCCUGCUUAUGAGAAAAAUACUCCAGAACUAUUGCCUCCACCAUACUCACCUUAAAUUGUCAAUGGGCACUAAUCCAACACAGCCUUCAUUACAAUUUUAAGUGUCCUACAGCUUAAUAGUAGAUAUAUUAUUGUUAAACAAUAUUCUCGACUCUUCCCACGCCACUCUACAUCUGUGUAUGCUAAAAUAAACCUAAAUCAAGUAAAUGUUUUACUGAUUUGCA